AUGUCGUUAGAAUAUAUCACUCAGGACAUUUUAUUUGUUAGGAAACCCGCUGAAAAUCUUUCCUUACUCUCAAUUGAUGAAAUAUAUCAAGAAUUGGAUUCAUCAUCAAUCAAUUAUGAUACGGUAAUUGAUCAAUUAUAUCAUAUAAUUAAAUCCAAUAAUCAUAUCUCGAAUAUUAAUCAAUUAUUAAAACUUUGGGAAAUCAGACUUAACCUUCUUGUAUUUAGUAAUCGUGUUGAUAUAGCUCAACAAGAAGCUAUUAAUCUAAAUAAUAUUCUUUACCUUCAGGAAAACAUUAAAGAUGAAUCUAUUACAGUUUAUCCAUUACCAAAACUUGAUCUUAAAUACUACAGAUUUCUUAUAUUAAUAUUAAAAUUAAAAUCAGAACAAGUUAGUGGUACUAAUGGAGCAGUAUUUAAUCCUGCUGUGGGUUUAAAUAUAAUCAAUGAGAUCUAUAAAUUGAAUUAUCAACUUCGUUUAAAAGAUACAAAUCAAGUUCAAUUGAAGUUAAUUGAUUUAAGUUAUAAAUUAAUAAUUAAUCUAAUACGAUUGAAUAGCUUUAAUACAUUACUAACCUUUUUGAAUGGGGUUAUUCAUGAAUUGGUGAUUAAGACUGGAACUGCUGAUAAAUUAGAAGAUUUACAGUCUCAAUAUUUAUCUAACUUAAUAGUCAUUGCUUUAAUUGUUAAUAAAUAUUUAUUGACAGAAACGGAUUCAAGUAAGGAAUCAAUCAAAAGGAUACUAUCAUUUAAAUUUACUGAAUUAUUUAAUAAUCAAGUCAAUCAAUACACAUAUGAUACUUUCUCUUAUAUCAUAAAUAAAUCAGUUUCUAACAUUGAUGAUUUUAUAGAGGAACCAAUUCUAUUUAAAACGGUCAUCAAAAUACUUGGAUUAUGGGACUUACUUGAUAAUAAUCCUUUAGUAACUUUACAACAUAAAGAAUCUGAUCUAGAACCAGAAGAAUUACCAUUAACACUAACCUUGAAUGAAACUCAACAAGAUAAUGUUAAUGGAAUAUCUAUAGUUGAUAAGAUAUAUAAUAAAGUUAAUAAUCAGUGGUAUAAUCAUUUAGAUAAACUGUAUGGAUUAAAUAGAUAA